GUACUCUUGGGCUGGAGCACUGAGGGAGCUUAUCCCCACCGCGGGGCAGGCGGGAAGCAGGCCAGGUGGGAAGCAGGCCAGGCAGGUGCCGCUGUCCCCAGCUGGGCGGCUGCCCACCCAACAGGCGGCUGGGCCGAAGCACCGCCCCCAGCCACGGCCCUACAAGUGCCCCCUCGGCAGGCUCCAGCCACACAGCAGCAGCAUGGCAGGCCACGGGAUGUGCCUGGUGACUCUGGUCCUCCUGGGAGCCGCUGUCUGUGCGGCGCAGCCUCGCGGGCGGAUCCUGGGCGGCAGUGAGGCCGCGUCCCACGCGCGGCCCUACAUGGCAUCGGUGCAGGUGAACGGCAGGCACUUAUGCGGCGGCUUCCUGGUGUCUGAGCAGUGGGUCCUGAGCGCGGCACACUGCCUGGAGGAGGCGGCCGACGGGAAGGUGCAGGUGGUCCUGGGCGCGCACUCCCUGUCGCAGCCGGAGCCCUCCAAGCGCCGGUACGACGUGCUCCGCGCAGUGCCCCACCCAGGCAGCCGGCCCGACACCAUCGACCACGACCUCCUGCUGCUGAAGCUGACAGAGAAGGCCCAGCUGGGCCCCGCCGUGCAGCCCCUGCCUUGGCAGCGCGAGGACCGCGACGUGGAGGCCGGCACGCUUUGCGACGUGGCCGGCUGGGGUGUGGUCAGCUACGCGGGCCGCCGGCCGGACCGCCUGCAGUACCUGCCCCUGCGGGUGAUGGCCCGCGCCACCUGCAACCGGCGCACGUACCACGACGGCACCGUCACCGAGCGCAUGAUGUGCGGGGAGAGCAACCGCCGCGACACCUGCGCGGGCGACUCCGGGGGCCCGCUGGUGUGCGGCGGCGUGGCCGAAGCCGUGGUCACUUCCGGCUCGCGCGUGUGCGGCAACCGCAAGAAGCCCGGCAUCUACACGCGCUUGGCGAGCUACACGGACUGGAUCGACCGCGUGCUGGCCGAGGGUGCGGCCGCCUGAGGGGUCCCGGGGGGCGGCGGUCCCGGGGGCCAGCAAUAAAGUCCUGUUCUGCAAGCA